GCACGUCCAGUAGGUAUGGGCUGAUUGUGCACAGAUGCUGCGGAUGAGCGCCGAUUUUUCGUAGACGUUGCCACCGCCUACUGAUUGCGUCACGUAAUCAUUUGAUAAUGUGUCGUUACGUGGUCGAUAUGCGUAGAAAUUGGACACUCCUUCAGACGAAGCUGCUACUGGUCUUGAUGUCCACCUCUUCUACAUACGAAAUGUGUCCUCGGUGAAACGCUUCUUUGCUGUGUUUGUUUGGCGUAGACUGUCAUGUGCAGCAGGCAUGAAUCAUGCUUACGUUCAGAAGUCGGGAAGUGUAGAUGUCGGUGACCGCUAUGGACAGCAGCAACAAGCCGCUACUUCCCGUUUCCUCGAGCGGGAACGCAACAUUGCAGUCCAUGUUGGGACUGAACUACCGCUAUUGCUUCAGCCUGAUUGGAGUGCUUAAACUUAUAGAAAUGGUUUUGAACGUGUUAUGCAUCCAGAUGAUGCUGGAGUACUGCAAUCCAUCUUACAGAGGUGUCUCCUGGGGCUUCUUGGGCACAACAGAUGAGACAUUGUUCAUACUGGGCAAUUUCAGUGCCCUGAUGAUGAACGGUCUCUUGUUCCUCAGCUGUGUUCUCUCGGGUGCCACUGCACUGGCCCUGUCAAAAUCCCUCUUAGAUGUGUUAGGAAACCUGGCACACUUCCUUAUCUGCAUUGGGAGCAGCUUGGUUUUGCUGUCGUCAGGAGUGAACCACCAACCUAGCUCCAGGUACAAGGAGUACAUUUUUCAGGGAAAAGUGACCGUCUCGGUUCUGGGCAUAGUGAAUUCUCUGCUGUACCUGUGCAGUGUGUUAGCUGCCUACUGGACUUGCAAGGCCAGCAGAUACUAACUACUGAACCCUGCAGCAGUAAUGUAUGUCUGGACUUGGCAUGCCUUUUCAUGACAUGUGACAGGACGGACUGUGAAUCCAACUGGCCAAUAUGCCCAAGGCAGAAAGAAGUUGUCGAGGCUGUACACCUGGUUUUCAACUAUGCUGACUCCUGGGUGUCAGCCAUCCUGUGAAUCUGCAGCAUAAUGCUAUGCAUCAGUUUUUAUGAUGCCGAGCAUGCUUGGCACAGUUUUAGUGCCAUUUACCACACAUGAUUUUCGUAGUGUGUAGCAAAAGCAGAGUCAAGUGUAUUCUCAGAUGACUACUUUGGCACAUGAAUGGUAGACUACUAAACGCACACAGUAUAACUAGUCUUAAUUUUGUAUCAGUAUGUUAUUCUCUAUUGUACUCAUGAAUGCAGGGACUUUUUCCAUUCCUGUUUUUAGUGCAAUACAACCUGACUUAUUUUAACCAUUUCAGUGCAAUCCUAUCAAAAUAGAGGGCACCUUACUUCAUGAUCAUAAGAUACAUCAACAAAUACUUAAAAAAAGUGGACAGAGUGAAUGUGAAUAUAAAUUUGUGACAUAACAUAAACUGAGCACUAUGGUUAAUCACAAUAAUUAGAAAUGCCAUUAAAGACUGAAGUAAAAAAAAAUGGGUGGGAAGGAAGGAACUAUGCAUGCCAUCAUUACAAAAUCCCAAUAAAAGAUAGCCUGGCUGUACUAUAGUGUUGAUAGUGAAGCUAUAGUGUUGAUAGUGAUAGUGAAGCCAGUUAUGACUAAGCUGUCUCAGUAUCUCACAGUGUGUCCCGUCGGCAUUUGCUCUAAAUCUCCUUCAUAGAUGGAGAGUACGGGGGGGGUGGGGCUGGGGGGUUUGGGCCCUUUCCAGGCUGCUUCAAAGGGGGCAGAAGCCCUCGUGGCCCUGGCCUGAGAUAUUCUUGAGAGCUUGGCUGUCUUGCAGCUAUUUCACAGGGGACUGUUGAUGCCCGCUCCUUUUCAUUUCAAGCUUUUAGAAUUCAGAUCAUAGGUCAGUGGCAAGAAGGGAGUUGGUGGGGUGGUCACAUUGAGAACAAAGUCACAGGAUGACGAAAAUUGCAGCAUUUUCACAGCUCUUGUGUGAAAUAACUACAGGAUGUACACAUAUGCAUCAAGAAAGUGGGAGUUUUUUACAGCCAAAGCUAUAUAUGGCUGGGAGAAACGAAAAAAUCACUGCCACAGGCACUCCAUACAAAUGUUUAAUCAGCGAAAGCUCACAAGUGCAGCCCCGGUGUUUAGCAGUGUGUUCAACCCGACGCUGCUCGGAUGCCUUUGACAAUUAUUGGUUACAUGUUUGUGCUUCUCAAUGAUGUUAGACACAGAGGUUAGACACACAUUUGGCUUGGGUUUACCACAGUGUUUAUGUCACAUGCCGCACAUUGUGCCUGUCAUGAUCACGGUCAUGGAGGAGUGUAAUGAGCAGUUAAAUCCGUUUUCCAAUGUGUUAAUCACAGUGGUUGUUCUCGACCCACAGGCGGUCACAGGCGUCACACCUGAAGCUGAAGUGCCGCUUGAGAAACUCUCAUUGAAAAUGAACGUUCUCCCGGUCGAACGUGCUGCCGCGAUCGUCACAUAUAUGCCGCAGCGGCGUUGCAAGCUUUUAACAUCGCAAACUAACUCGAUGGUGUGGUUUGCACGAUUCGCCUGCCACUGGUGCUUGCAUUCCCAUUUGAGAUUUAGCACGACAUGGAAGGCUGCCGGGUCAUCGGUACGCAGUUGCUUCUGACAUUCGGCCUACUGGGCCUGUUUUUGUGCCAGGACUGUAUCAUCGCCCAGGCAAAUGUGAGCUCUCUCACGUUUCUACUGUCGGAGCUUUUCUAGAGUUUUCCAUGGCAUGCCCAUGUGGUAGGCUUAAGGAGAAACUGAUGCGCGCAGUAAAACCCAGGUUCUUUGUGAUGUUGUAGAAUCCAACUCUCACCACUCGGCUCCCGAGACGCACCACCACGCAGCAGUGGUAUAGCAAAGUAGGAGAAGAAACGUACUGCCGCUAUACAAAUAGCAGCAAUUGGCUUGCUGGUCGCUUGAAGAUGAAGCAUAAACGCUGUAGAAGUUCUAGUGGACUGAGCAAAAGUUGUAUUUACAGAAUGUACAGAAGUUACAUAACUUUAGACAUCAAUGUUACAACAACAACAAAAAAAAAAAAGAAAACACUUUUGAAAUGAACCGUAUUCUGUAGAGUGAGCCUACGGGAUUCGGCAAAGCCGAUGAUGCCUAACACCGUAAUCCCGGUUCAGAACGCUUGGUGGAACUCCGGGGUCUCUUCUUAUUCCCUAGGUGUUCCGCUUUUACACGGCUUUCGGCGAAUUGUCGUCUGUUUGUCCUCUGAUGGGACAGUACACUUGGUCAAUCAAAACCCGCCGGCGCCACCUUCGUGCAUGAUUCGGCUCAUGCCCUCUCCCCAAUUGACACAACAACGAAAAUGUAAAGCAAAACUAGAAAGUCAUAGAGGCAUGGGCAAGCUGAGCUGUUCACAAUUAUGUAGCCUGAGAGGUACACAUGCUGGGCUUUGCGGCCAUAGAACAGCUUCCCUGUAACACAUCAACUUCUUGACGAUGGGGCAAUUAUUCGCCUGUCCCAUGUGCGCUGUAAGAGGAACUGCUCACUGACCGCAAGUGGUUUUACUUACGAGCACAUUUGCAAGGAUUUAGUGCGGAAGAAGUUCAAAAUAUGCUACUGCGACAAUACACACCAAGGGCGCCGACCGGGUGCCCAAUCACUGCGACAUCGGCCACGCUUUCACAUGUCGCAAGCCCGCCCGCUUCAAGAGCUACCAGAACUAAGCCGGACGAGGACAAAACGUGGGCGGCGAUCACAUGGUAUCUCGAUGCGCGCUACUUUAAUUAAAACAGUGUGCCCGAACACAGCAUGCGGCUAAGUCGCAGCUUGACCGAUGCGAGGGUAGUUGGAAGAAACCUGUGAGGCAGUUGGGGGUGCGGGGGGUUUCUCACAACAUUUCCAUCCCUACCCCUUCGUCGCCUGCGCGGGGGUUGGUUUAUUUGUCCUUGGUUAGCAGGAACUAGAAAAGCUUGGUAGUCUCAGGCGCCUUAGUCCUUCGUAUGGCGCCUUGCAGUACACGGCCAUGUCUGUGGGGUCAGUGCUCAUCCGCUUGGACUUGCUUAGACUGGGUGCCGUGAAAGCAAUGCUGCAAGCUGGAGCUAAUGCAGCGCAAUGGCAGUAGUGCCACCCCAAGCUUACCUCAAAAACUAAACCAAAACUGCCACGCAACCACUUUUUACCGCGGUCCUGCACCCUCCAUCCAAAACUUUGCAACAACUUGCAGGGGUGAGACUGCUGCACAUAUUGCGCAUUUUUUAUACAUUUCCAUUUUUUUGCGUCUAGUUGCUCCAAAAGCAUAAAAAUGGCAAAAAUUGUGCUGAACUGCUCCAAAACAGUCGAAAGCUGGAAUUUUAAUGCCACCCUCAGCUUCAGUGAGGAAAAAAAGCUGAGUUGACUAGUAACACUCACCCAAUUGUGUUUUUUUUUUUUACUUUGAACCUUUCUGGUGUUGAAGGCUCCCAUUCAUGGUGCUGCCAUAAUCUCCUCUAAACUGUUGUAAAUAUGCUUGACCCCACAAAAAUGUUCUAAAUAUGCGUGACUUUGCAAAACCACAAAGUCUAGGGGCGAGCCUAGCGGAUUGAUUCUCAGGUUCUUUGUUGUGCGUAGCUCGUUCCUACGGUCGCUGCGAUUUUCAUAUUGACGCUGCUGCAUGCAGUCCCCUAUGCGUGCGCGUUUGCCGUGUGCGGGCAACUGUAAAUAUGGAGUCAUUUUCCUGCAUGCGACACGUCUCCUGGAUGUUCGAACGCCUGCACAUGAGGGUUCUCAGAAUAUGUUCGGUGAGCAACAGAACACGUGCAACCUAUUCCUGGUUUACUCCCAUUAGCUACUGCUUCAUUUAGACAAGCGAGUUUUUAUUGUAUUUAAAAAAGCCAUCGCAUG